AUCGACCAUGUCAAAGUGCUUCUUCAAUGGAUGCGACAGCGAAGCCUCGGAUGGAUGGCGCUGCUACUUCCACCGCGGCCGUGGCCGUUGCUUGGUGGACUCCUGCCACAACCAAGCCUAUGCUCGCCAAUUGUGUGCGCGCCAUGGCGGCAAACGGCAGUGUCGGUUCGCCGGGUGUGCUUUUCGGUCCCGGACUGGCGCGUACUGCACCAAGCACGGCUCCACGCGAAUAGUUUCCACGUGCUCCCGUGACGACUGCUCCAACUCAGCUCAGUUGAGGGGUCUUUGCGUCAAGCACGGCGGCGGCCGAUACUGCAAAAUGGAUGGAUGUCGCACGUUUGCCAGGACUGGUGGCUAUUGCGCGCGCCACACACGAAUUCUCCGUGAGAUCGUCCCAAAGGAGGCAACAGACAUCGAUUUGAACUACGUGCAUGCGUUCAACCACGACAACUUCUCGAGUAGCUUCGUACAGUGUCACAGUAUCGACAACGACGGCGUCGACGUUGAGAUCUUGGACAUAAUCCUCAACAUGUAACCUACCUACCUACUAUAUAUAAUGACAACAGAGGUGAUCUCGAC